AUGGCCCCUCUCUGCCGCUGGGGCCUGCCCGCCGCGCUCCUGGCUCUGCUCCUCUGCCCAGGGGCUGGGGUGGCGGCGUUCGACGUAUACGCGUCGCCGGAGCAGCUGGUGGUGAGGCACGGGGCGUCCUCGGAGAUCAACUGCAGCACCAGCUGCCUGCAGCCGACCAUCGGCGGCUUGGAGACCACCAUGAGCAAGGUCCUGCUGGACAAGCAGCCUCAGUGGGAGCGGUACAGGGUCUCCAACUUCUCCACGGACACGAUCGUCUACUGCCACUUCACCUGCUCCGGGAAGCAGAUGCUUAGGAACAUCAGCGUCACCGUGUUCCACCCCCCGGAGCAAGUGCUGCUGAAGCUGCAGCCCACGUGGGUGACGGUGGGCAGAGCCUUCACCAUGGAGUGCCGGGUGCCUGCCGUGGCCCCCCUUGAGGACCUCACCCUCACCCUGCUGCGUGGCCAGGAGCCCCUGCACACAAAGACCUUUGGGGGGGCCACGGCCGCCCCACAGGAAGCCAGCGUCACCCACAACAGCACGGCUCACAAGGACGACGGUCGCCACAACUUCUCCUGCCGGGCGGAGCUGGACCUGCGGCCUCGCGGUGGGGUCAUCAUCCGGAGAACCUCGGAGCCCCAGGCGCUGGAGAUCCACGAGCCGAUGCCGGACAACCAGAUGGUCAUCAUCAUCGCGGUGGUGUCGGUGCUGCUGCUCCUGUUUGUGGCGUCCGUCCUGCUGUGCUUUGUCUUCGGCCAGCAGUGGCACCAGCGGCGGAGAGGCAAUUACGGGGUGCAGGCAGCCUGGCGGAGACUGAGGCGCUCCUUCCGGGCGUAG